AUGUCUGAAAUUACUGCUCAGGAGUUGGAGAUCCUCUCCACUAAGGUCAUCGCCGCUAAGGAGGCGGCCUACUGCCCCUACUCCAAGUUCCGUGUGGGAGCAUGUCUCCUAACUACCUCUGGCGAGUUCGUGGUUGGCGCCAAUGUCGAAAACGCUGCAUAUCCCGUUGGAACUUGUGCUGAGCGAGUGGCAAUUGGGACGGCAGUGGUGGCCGGGCAUAAGGAGUUCAAGGCGCUUGCCGUUGCGACAGAUGUCAAGCCUGCCGGUUCGCCCUGUGGAAUGUGUCGGCAAUUUAUUCGCGAAUUCACCAAUCCAUCGUUCCCGGUGUAUAUGUAUGAUAAGGACGGAGACUAUAAGAUCAUGACCAUGGAGGAGUUGCUGCCGGAUUCGUUUGGCCCUGAGCAUUUGUCCUCCACUUGA